UGGCGAAAAAUGUCUAUUCGCUUCAUUAGAAGAUCGUAAUCGGGGAAAAGAUGACGGGGAAGACCGUAAUGCAGGCCAAAAAAUAGACAUCAUCUGGUCUAUGAAGCCAACUGACCUUGAGUUCUCUAUUAGUGAAAUCAGUGGGCCACCGAACAAACUUGAUCAUUCACAUUUUUUUAAUGACAAACUUAAAAUUGCCAAGAAUUUAAAGGUUAUCAUUAAUAGGAUUGUGAAAAAGUAUGGUGGUACAGGCAUGAACUUGAGUUUAUUAAAAUUGUACGAUAAUGAAAUGAUUGUUUAUGAAAUGUCAAUACCAUUUCGUGGACUGUAUGUUUUUUGUGAGGUUUUACGAUCAAAAUUACCAACGAAUGCUGUUGAAGUGGGGUUAAUAAAACUUUCUGUAUCAGCAUUUAUCAAAUUUAAGGAAUUGCUUGAAAAAAGUUUGACUGAUCUGAAAAGUUAUAUUCAGGAUGCAUGUACCCGUACACCCGAUAAUAAUGAAAAUGCACACCUGUUCAUUACACUAACUGACUUGACGCCCGAAAAAAAGAAAGUACAACCA